AUGUCCAAUACGAUAGUUGUCGUUGGCGCUGGUGUGAUUGGCCUUACCUCCGCGCUAUUGCUGGCCAAGGAGGGCAAUAGCGUAACCGUGGUCGGCAAGCAUAUGCCUGGCGACUAUGAUGCUGAGUAUGCCUCGCCUUGGGCCGGGGCUAACGUCAUUCCGCUAUCACCUGAGGAAGGGAGUCGCUGGGAACGACGAACCUGGGUGGCACUCAAGAAGCUAACUGAGGAGAACCCUGAGGCAGGUAUUCAUUUUCAGACAACACAUAUCCUUCGCCGAGACAUAGACAUGGCGCGUGACGCAUCUGGCUUCUCGAACCAUUUCUACCAGCAGAACCCAUGGUACAAGUCCAUCUUCAACAACUUCCGAGAUAACAAUGCUUCUGAAUUAGCUCCCGGAUAUGACUCUGGAUUUCAAUAUCAAGGGGUCUGUAUCAACACAGCCAUCUACCUUCCUUGGCUUCUUGGCCAAUGCCUCAAGCACAGCGUCGUGGUCAAGCGCGGUAAUCUCAAAAACAUAAACGAGGCAAAGUUCCUCAGCCACACGGGCAGGACAGCCAACAUCAUUGUAAACGCAACCGGUCUCGGGUCUUUGAAGCUUGUUGGUGUCGAAGAUCCGACGAUGGCUCCAUCCCGCGGUCAAGUUGUGGUUGUACGGAACGAGACUCCGAGGAAUUUCCCCCUAUUAAUGUGCUCGAGCCCUUUGGACGGUAGCGGGGAAGAGAUUUACGCGAUGCAGAGAGCAGCUGGCGGCGGUACCAUUCUGGGCGGCACAUACGACAUUGGCAAUUGGAACUCGCAGCCCGACCCGAACACGGCACUCCGCAUCAUGCAACGCAUUGUGGACAUGUGCCCAGAUAUUGCUGGCGGAAAGGGUGUCGCGGGGUUGGACGUUAUUCGACAUGGCGUUGGCUUCCGCCCUUGGAGAAAGGGGGGCUUGCGGCUUGAAGAAGAGAGACUGGACGAUCAAACCUGGAUUGUUCACAAUUAUGGCCACUCAGGUUGGGGCUACAUGGGAUCGUACGGCUGUGCGGAGGGUGUUGUAGAGCUUGUUGAGAAGGCAUCAGAAAUAGACGACAUUUGGGGUCACGGGGGCGAACAAUCAAUAUUUGACCGCAAGUUCAACCCUACCAAAAGAUGCUUUACAGCGCUUCAGUUCUUGAAGAUAGCUGAGGAUUGUGUCUUGGAAUCUAUGACUUCUUUGGACCAUCUACGAGAGAUGUUUCGUGACCUCUCUUUGUCCAAACCUACUUCAGCUGGAAACACAUUCAACAUCAAGCACUGGAAAAUCGUAUCUAAGUCAGUUGACAAGCUCACAGAGAAUUUUGAAUCGAAUAAAACAACAAGUGGACAGCUUGACACGCCUCCAGGACGGGGUAAGCAAGAAAUCUACUCAGCCUCAGACGGUCACUUCGCUAAGGACUUUUAG